AUGGCGGAGCCAAGUACGCCUGACGCUGGACCCGACCAUGCACCGCCUUCUCUGCCGCCCGGAUGGAUUGCGCAGUGGGACGCCAAAUCGAGAAAAUACUACUACGUGCAAAUCAGUACCGGCGAAUCGACCUGGGACGUACCGACGAUGAGCGCACACGGAGUUCCUACGCCUGGCGGCACGCCUGCCAACCAGAACCCAUACUCAGCACCAGGAGAGGAAGGCACGCGAGGUGCAGACGGACAAGAGGGCGAUAGGAGCUUGGGAUCGAAUUCAUCUGGUGGUGGCAUUGGAGGUUUGGCAUCGUCGUUUUUGGGCGGAUCUUCCUCUUCGCACGGUGGAAGCUCUCAGCAUGGCAGUUCAAGCGGUCUCGGUGGAAUGGCUCAGUCAUUCCUGGGCGGCUCUUCAUCGUCUCAUGGCGGCUCAAGUGGACAACAUGGGAGCUCUGGUGGUGGACUAGGCGGCAUGGCACAGUCGUUCCUCGGCGGAUCUUCUUCGUCUCACGGAGGCUCAAGCGGACAACAUGGCUCUUCGCAGCAGUCAGGUGGCAGCCACUCAAGCGGUGGAUUGGGUUCGCUGGGAGCUAUGGCGGGCAGUUUCUUGGGAGGACACAACAAACCUCACGGCAGUGGCCAGAACCCAUACGGCUACUCUCGGAACCAGUCGUCGGGCGGCACGUAUCAGGGCCAGGCUCCUCCGGCGUCAUACCAACCAGCAGGCUCGCAUUCGCAAACCCACUCCCAGAGCCAUACACCAACUCCUGGAUAUGGCGGCCAGAGCGGAGGCUACAAUCAGCCACCUGGUCAGCAGCAGCAGCACCAUCAGCCUGGGCAACCUGGAGCUCCAGCAGGUGGCUAUGGGCCUCAGAGCGGAGCGUACCAUCCUCAAGGCCAGCAAGGGUACGGGCAGCAGUCACAGUACGGCUCGCAACCUCCAAGCCAGCAGCCCACUCCACACAACCAAUACGGCCAGCAGCAGCAACAGGGAUCAUACAACCAAUACCCACCACCUCCACCAGGUGGUCCUCAAUAUGGUCAACAAGGGGGCAACUACGGUGGUCAAAGCUACGAUCAGCACAGCGGGUACGGCGGACAGCAGCAACAUCAACAGCAUCAACAGCAGCAGCAAUAUGGUGGACAACAAUCGUUCCCACCACCGCCAGCUGGAGGGCCGCCGCAUGAUCAGUCCAAUCAGUACCAACCAUACAACCAGGGCUAUGGAGGUCAACAAGGUGGAUAUGGCCACCAGCAAGGCGGCUACAACAGCCAAUAUCAGUCUCCGCCGCCAAACCCCGGCUGGAGAUAG